AUGGCCAUUAAUGAGCAUUUGCACUUACUACCAGGCAGUCUGAGUAAACCAUGGGAGGAAAACCACAAGACGUACGGUCCAGUCGUGACGCUUGCUAUGACACUUAACUAUGUCAUCGGAACUGGCUGCUUUGGUCUACCUUACGCCUUUAUGGAGGCCGGGAUUGGGCUCGCCCUUACGCUCAUGAUCGUCGGCGUCCUAGGCUCGCUUAUCACCAUGAACUACACGCUCGAGUCCUUAGCACGUGCCGAAGGCGUGUGUGCAGCUACGAGCGGAGGUGUACCCCGUCAUCAGAUCACGUAUCGCAAAUUUGAAUUUGCCACGAUUGCUGAAAUGUUCGUGGGGCGACUUGGCAAGGCGGCGGUGCAGCUCGUCAUGGGCUUGUACUGCAUUGGCUCACUGUGGUCAUAUGCGUCCGUGUUUUCAUCAUCCACAGCAUCAAUCUUCUUUACGUACGCGUUGGGAGAAACAUGUGACGUUUAUGGCGACUCGCCGUCUAGUGAAUGUCUCGAGGGCUACUACGUGUUCAUGGCCAUCUUCUCGGUGAUUGUACUGUCCAUGGUGCUCAUGGACAUCAGCGACCAGGCUCUUGUACAGAAGUUUCUAUCCGUUUACCGCAUUGUGGCCUUUGCGCUCAUGUUGGUGACGAUGACGGUUAAAGUCGUUGCUGACGGAUCGGAGGUUAUAACAUCACGCUAUUCUGCAAUUGGACUAGUGAACUGGGAGAAUUUUGGCAAAGGUUUUGGACCGACGUUGCUGGCACUCAAUUGCCAGUACAACAUGCCGGAUGCACUGCAGCCACUGAACCCCAAGUCUAAGGUGCGCUUCGUUGCGUUUGCGGCGCUCCUAAUUGCUGGCACGUGUUAUCUCCUAGUGGGUCUUCUUGGUGCGCUUUCUUUCGAUAAGAUCAACCCGUUAGCGACUCUGAUGUGGAGUUCGUACACAGGCUGUGGCAACGGAUGGGAGGACUGCAAUUAUUCAAACCCGCUAGGCACCAUUGUGCAGCUGAUUAUUUUGCUAUUUCCUGUAGUCAACGUGGUGUCUGCGUACCCGAUGGUGGGAGUCACCGUAGGCGACAAUAUGCUCAUGUCGUUCCCGUCUCAUCUCACUGCACGCUUUGGUGAGAGUCUCACGCGUAGCUUUUGUCGACUAUCAGUGGCGGCGCCUCCCAUUCUGUUCGCCGUCAUGUUUAAGCGUCUUGACUUCAUCUUUGCCGUGGCUGGACUAUUUGGCUUUCUGCUUGGAUUGACCAUUCCGUCAUGGUUCCAAGUUAUUGGCAGUCGCUACUGCCAAGGUGUGUGGGGAUUUCCUGGUGCUGCCAUUACUGCUUUCACGGAACCAUUUAUAAGCUCGGUUCCGUUCGCUAGUGGAUUCCUAGCUCUGACUUUCGUUAUCACUGCAAUCGCGAUUGCCACAAUCAAUGCAUAA